AUGAUUACCUUGAUUAAGAAACUCACACAUUCUUGAAAAAAACAAAUUAGUUCUCAUAAUAAAAUAUGGAAAAUUCUCAAAGUUAUGGCAGAAAAAUUGGGGUACUAUGCUUAUUUUUGGGCAUGUUUUUAUUGCAAUCUUGUGUUAUUGCAGAAGAUAGGAAACAUCCCACAAAAAAUGUGAAUUUGGCACCAUUUCAGCAGUGGAGAAGUGCUUAUUUCUGUUUGACAAAUACAUCUCCAAUUUGUUCAAAGAAUCAUACACUUACAAUGUCAGGAUGGUUAAAUGUAACAUAUGAUGAAGGCAAAAAAUUCUGUGAAGAAGGAGGUUGCGCAGAUCAUACUAAAGGUGUACUCGAUUGCAUUCAUCAUGUAAAGCGCGAUUUUUGGUUCGCGAACAAGGCCACUAUUAAACACAUCUACAAAACCAUCCACGUUGGUUGCAACACCCCAAAAGGUUUUAAUGGAACAAGCUUUUAUCCCCACACUAUCAUCUACAAUUGAUCCUGUAUUUAUUAAACAAAUAGUCAUUAUUACAUACAAUAAAAGAUGUAACAAAUAUGAAUAGACAUCAAAGUUAUGUACUACUCUUUUUCCUUUGAAUA